UUCUCCCCGGAUGUAUCGAAACCUAUCUGACGUCACUGUCGCAGAACUGUCCGAUCGAUGAAUACAGUUUUCAAUUUGUGAUCCGUACAAUCCGCACUACAAGACAAUUAAAUAUGGGAUCUUUAUUUAGAAGCGAAGAAAUGACUUUAUGUCAACUCUUUCUUCAAUCUGAAGCUGCUUAUGCUUGUGUUUCGGAAUUAGGAGAAUUGGGAAUGGUGCAGUUUCGAGAUUUAAACCCUGAUGUGAAUGCAUUUCAAAGAAAGUUUGUCAAUGAAGUUAGAAGAUGCGAUGAAAUGGAAAGAAAAUUGCGAUUCCUUGAAAAAGAAAUUAAGAAAGAUGGAAUACCUAUGUUUGAUAUUGGUGAUAAUCCAGAGGCACCACAGCCAAGAGAGAUGAUAGAUAUGGAAGCAAAAUUUGAAAAAUUAGAAAAUGAAUUAAAAGAAGUUAAUACUAAUGCAGAAGCACUUAAGAAAACAUAUUUAGAAUUGACUGAAUUAAAGCAUAUUUUACGUAAGACUCAGGCCUUUUUUGACGAGCAGGGUCACAGCAUGGUUCAGGGUCAGACUGAUUCCAUGGAUAAAUCCUUGGUGACUCAUGAAGUGACAGGUGCUCCUGCACAAUUGGGAUUUGUGGCUGGUGUUAUUUUAAGAGAAAGGUUGCCUGCAUUUGAACGCAUGUUAUGGAGAGUUUGUAGAGGAAAUGUCUUUCUAAGACAAGCAGAUAUAGAAACUCCUUUAGAAGACCCUGUUACUGGUGCUCAAGUACAUAAAUCUGUAGUUGUCAUUUUUUUUCAAGGAGAACAAUUAAAAACAAGAGUAAAAAAAAUUUGUGAAGGUUUUCAAGCUACAUUAUAUCCUUGUCCUGAGACUCCAGCUGAUAGAAGAGAAAUGUCUAUUGGUGUUAUGACUAGAAUUGAAGAUUUGAAUACUGUUAAACUUUUAUCUGUUCCCAAAACAAAAGAGAGAUUGAAGGGUUGCAAGUUUCAAUCAUCAGAAGAAGUGAAAGUUACUAAAGUGGUGAGAGCUUUUAAAACAGCACAAAAAUUUGCCUCAAACACUGUUUUGGCAAGUGAUGAAGAAGAGCAAAGUGGUAGUACUGUUCCUUCUAUAUUAAAUAGAAUGGAAACAAAAGAAAUACCUCCAACAUAUAAUAGAACAAAUAAAUUUUCACAAGGAUUUCAGAACAUUGUAGAUGCAUACGGUGUAGCUAACUACAGAGAAGUUAAUCCAGCACCUUAUACGAUUAUAACAUUUCCAUUUUUAUUUGCUGUCAUGUUUGGAGAUGCUGGUCAUGGUCUUUUAAUGUUUCUUUUUGCUGCAUGGAUGGUACUUAAAGAAAAAGGUUUGGCUGCCCAAAAAUCAGAUAAUGAAAUAUGGACUACAUUUUUUAAUGGAAGAUACAUCAUUUUACUCAUGGGUGGUUUUUCUAUUUAUACUGGAUUAAUAUAUAAUGAUGCCUUUUCAAAAUCAUUAAAUAUUUUUGGAUCUUCCUGGCUUGCACCUAAAAUAUCAAAUGAAUUUUAUCCACCAAAAGAGGUUUUAAAUCCAAAAGAGUUUGAUGUUCCAUAUCCAUUUGGAAUAGAUCCUGUAUGGCAAAUUGCAGAAAAUAAAAUUAUUUUCAUGAAUUCUUAUAAGAUGAAAGUUUCAGUUAUAUUGGGAGUAGGACAAAUGUUGUUUGGAGUUUUAUUGAGUCUUUGGAAUCAUCGAUAUUUCAAUCAUAAGUUGAAUAUCAUCUGUGAAUUCAUUCCUCAAAUUAUAUUCUUGGUUUCCAUUUUUGGUUAUCUUGUGAUAAUGAUAUUUUCAAAAUGGUCCAAUUGGACUUCUGAAGAUUCUGGCUGUGCCCCAAGUUUGUUGAUAAUGUUAAUAAAUAUGUUUUUAUUUAAAUAUCCUGAUGAACCUUGUUAUCUGAGGCCGAUGUAUGCUGGUCAGCCAUUUAUUCAAGGAAUUCUUGUUGUGCUUGCUCUUCUUUGUGUGCCUUGGAUGCUGUUUGCAAAACCGUAUUUGUUGCAUCGUCAGUGGCUUAAUAGACCUAGUUUGAUGAAUGUUAACAAGAAUCAAUUGGAAGGAAAUGCGGAGGAUGAUGGUGAAGUUGUUUAUCAUGAUGCAGGACCUAAAUCACCACCUAGUAGUCAAAGUCAUGAACAAGAUAAAUCUGAUCAUUUUGAUUUUGGUGAUGUAUUUAUUCAUCAAGCAAUUCAUACUAUUGAAUAUUGUCUUGGGUCUAUUUCUCAUACAGCAUCAUAUUUGAGAUUAUGGGCCCUUAGUCUUGCACAUGCUCAACUUUCUGAAGUUUUAUGGACAAUGGUAAUGCGCAUUGGACUUAGAGUUGGUGGAUGGGGAGGAGGUAUUGUGUUAUAUUUUAUUUUUGCUGGAUGGGCAGUCCUUACAAUUGGUGUUCUCCUGAUAAUGGAAGGAUUGUCUGCAUUUUUACAUGCACUUCGUUUACAUUGGGUGGAAUUCCAAAGUAAAUUCUACGGAGGUACCGGUUAUAUCUUCGUUCCGUUUUCGUUCGACACCAUUUUGGAACAGGCCAGUAUGGAAGAUUGAGGAUUCGGACAGACGCCAAGGACGUGCCAUAUUUAAAAAUGGUUUCAGUAACUCCGCUUUCGUAGUGUCGUUGUCCGACAUAACGUGAUUUACGUAGUUCGUUCGGCGAAGUCGUAACUUAAUUUAUUGUAAAAGUCGUUGUGUAUAUAAAAAUAAAUUAUUUAUGUCC